UGCUGGGGAGGGCUAGUUGUGUUAACUGCCUUAACAUUCAUGGUUUAUCAGAUUAUGAGUCACCUGCAGUGCUACUGUCAACAAGAACCAAAGGUUGAUAUUCCUCCAGGCACGCAAGGAUUACCGUUGAUCGGCGAGACCUUACACUUCAUGGCUUCCAUUAACAGUGGCAAAGGGUUUUACGAGUUUGUCAGACUGCGCCGUCUCCGAUACGGGAAAUGCUUCAGGACCAACAUAUUUGGGGGGACGCAUGUCUUUAUAUCGAGCACGGAGUCAGGCAAGGCAAUUCUAAACAAUGACUUGGGAAAAUUCGGAAAGAGAUAUAUAAAGUCUAUUGCGGAGCUAGUGGGAAAUCAAAGCUUGCUGUGUGCUUCACAGCAACACCACAAACUACUUCGUGGCCAUCUGGGCAGUUUGUUCUCUACUAAUUCUCUUUCGGUGUUCAUCAAACAGUUUGAUCAGCUCAUUGUCGAAGCUCUAAAAUGCUGGGAACAUCAAAGCACUGUGGUUAUACAAGUUGAAGCACUGAAGAUAACUGGCAAAGCAAUGUGUAAGAUGUUGUUAAGCAUGGAAAGUGGAUACGAGUUGGAGGUGUUGCAGAAGGAGGUAGCUCAUGUUUGUGAAGCUAUGCUAGCAUUUCCUUUAAGGUUGCCUGGGACUAGAUUUUACAAGGGCCUUCAGGGGAGGAAGAAAAUCAUGAGCAUAAUUGAUCAAGCAAUGAGAGAAAGGAGAAGAAGAGGGUUAAAAGCUAAUGAAGAUGAUCAUCUACAACAAAUUUUGAGAGAUGAAGCAGACGGCCAUGGGCUAACAGAUGAAGAGGUCAGAGACAAUAUAUUAACCAUGGUAAUUGCAGGUCAGGAUACCACAGCCACUGCAAUGACCUGGAUGGUGAAAUUCUUGGGUGAAAAUCCAGAGGUGCUUCACACUCUCAUGAAAGAACAACUUGACUUGGGGAGGAAAACUUCGUCAAAGUCAUUUCUAACACUGGAAAGUAUUAACGAGAUGCCUUAUGCUUCAAAGGUAGUGAAGGAAUCCCUAAGGCUGGCCUCAAUCGUGCCUUGGUUCCCAAGACUAGCUCUAGAGGAUUGCGAGAUGGAAGGAUUUAGGAUCAAGAAAGGGUGGAACGUAAAUGUUGAUGCAAAAUCGAUACACCUUGAUCCGACGGUGUACAUCGAUCCCGACAAGUUCAAUCCCUCGAGGUUUGAUGUAAGAAAUCGUUCAUUCACGUUCUUAGCUUUUGGGAUGGGAGGGAGGACAUGUUUGGGGAUGAACAUGGCUAAGGCUAUGAUGCUAGUUUUUCUUCACCGACUCGUCACUACUUACAGGUGGAAGGUGAUCGAUCAAGAUUCGAGCAUUGAAAAAUGGGGGCUCUUCUCAAAGUUAAGAAGCGGAUGUCCGGUGACUGUGACUCGUAUCAACGAAGAUAUAUACUAG